AUGGAACCUUACGACGAGCCGGAUGCUGCGUCGGCGGCAGGCGCUGCCUCAGCUGUCGACUCGGUGUCGGCCGCUGAAGUUGCUUCUGUGGACGGUUCCAACGCUGGAGAGCCUCCUGUCGAGGGUGUUCUUUCCGGUGUCGGUCCCAACCCCCAGGCUGCUCAGAAGGUUGCUCGGGAAAAGGGUUGGACCGAACCUGUUCCCUUCGAGUAUGCCGAGCUUGCCAAUAGCAAGGAUCACCGUGAUUGGGCUGGAAUUGCCACCCGUUACGAAUGGAAGGACGAAUAUGGUGAUGUCGGCCCUGCCGUCCCUGAAUUGGAGGAACAACUUUUCCGUGGCGAACUGAUUGCGCGCGCUGGGGCUAAGCUCGACGAGCUGAAUAGUUAUAAGGUCAACAUCGAGAGUCCCAACGAGAUCAAGGCGGUUACCGAGUGGGCAAACUUUGGUUUGCAUCCGGUCAUGCUCGACAAUAUUCGUCUCUGCGGGUACGAACAACCCACUGCGGUUCAGUCAUAUGCAAUUCCGGCUGUUCUGGCCAACCUUGAUGUUAUUGCUGUGGCCCAAACUGGCUCUGGAAAAACGGGCGCUUUCCUCAUUCCAAUUCUUUCUAAGUUGAUGGGCAAGGCGAGGAAGCUGGCUGCUCCUCGGCCUAACACUGCGGAAAGAUUCAACCCAAGGGAGGAUGCUGUGCGAGCAGAGCCUCUGGUUUUGAUUGUCUGCCCCACUCGGGAGCUGGCUACUCAAAUAUUCGACGAAGCACGUCGUUUGUGUUAUCGUUCCAUGCUGCGUCCAUGUGUCGCUUAUGGUGGCGCUCCCAGUCGUCUCCAGCGUGAGGAGCUUCAGAAGGGAUGCGAUAUCCUUAUUGCCACUCCAGGCCGUCUGCUCGAUUUCAUGAAGCAGACGCAUAUUCUUUCUCUCCGCCGUGUUCGGUACACGGUCAUUGACGAGGCGGAUGAGAUGUUGGAAAGUGACUGGGAGGAGGAAUUCAAAAAGAUCAUGUCUGGAGGAGAUGUGAACGAGGAUGAUGACCACCGCUACUUGAUGUUCUCUGCUACCUUCAACAAGGAUUUCCGGAAACUUGCGAAGCAAUACCUCAGCCAGGAUCAUGUGCGCCUCCGCGUUGGCCGAGCCGGUAGUUCGCAUCACAACGUUGUGCAGGAUAUCAUCUGGGUUGAUAGGGACAAGAAAAUGCGCGCGAUCUAUGAUCUCCUGAUCAGCAUGCCGCCUGUUCGUACCUUGGUUUUCGUCAACAGCAAGGAACAGGCUGACUUCGUCGAUGAUUACCUUUACAACUCUGGAAUGCCCACCACUUCCAUUCAUAGUGGACGAACUCAGCGUGAGCGAGAGGACGCUAUGCGUGCCUUCCGGUCCGCGAAGUGUCCAGUUAUGGUUGCUACCGGCGUCUCCGCUCGUGGACUCGAUGUUAUUAAUGUGCUCCACGUGGUGAAUUACGAUCUCCCCAGCACCAUGCACGGGGGCAUCACUGAAUACAUUCACCGUAUUGGUCGUACUGCUCGCAUUGGCAACGAAGGCAUUGCCACCUCUUUCUACAACGAACGUGAUGAAGAUAUUGCCCAGGACCUUGUUAAGAUCUUGAUCGAAUGCAAGCAAGUGAUCCCGGAGUUCCUCCAAGAAUUCCGCCCUGAGGGAGAUGUGCUGGAGUUUGACGAUGACUCUGAUAAGGAUUUCUUUGAUAACCCAUCUAACGCUGGCUCUGACGCUGGCUUUGCCGCUGGCUCUGAUGCUGAGGCUGAGGCUGAAGCCGAAGCAGGAUCUGCUGCCGCUGAACCUAGUGAUGCCGAAGAUGCCAACAAGGAGCCUACCGAUGAUGACGAGCCUGCCGACAACGAGGAGCCCGCUAUUACCAAGCCCGCUAUUACCAAGCCCACUGUUCCCAAACCCACUGUUACAUCCGAGGAGGAGGAUGCUUCUACAUGGUGGAAGCCUGCCUCGCCUUUGGCCGAACGCAAGAAGCGGAACGAAGAGGAAGCUAAGCGCCAGGAGAACAAGACUGGUCUGGCCGGUUCUCACUGGGCCCCCCGGCCCCCUCCUCCUGAGGAUCCAGAUUCGUUCUGGAUCUAA